AUUUUUCUCCUCUUCUUUUUAUAUAAUUUACUAUUUCGUCUGCAUCAUCCUACAAGUUUCUCGCUCAUUUGUGACAAAGGACACACCUAGUCGGGUCCUGGUGGCUCGGAAAAAUGGAGUUUUGGCGCUAAGAAGCGAAGCAAGUAAUUAAAUAGAAAAGUCUCAUAAUGUCAUCCCAAGAAAAAUCUAGCACUAUGCUUCCGGUGGGAGGUUACCGAGUGACUAGUGACUCUGAACCUCAAGUUGGACAAAGUGGGUCAUUUCGCCAUACAAGCAGUGCUAGUUCUUCAAUGAGAAGGAGAUCUUUUAAUUUAUCAGGUCUGCUCUCCUCACAAAUAGAUGACACCAUUGAAUGUGAGAGUGUGUCAGAGGCAGGUGAUAUUGGUGAUAGGGCUCUUCAUAGCAACAUGAACAGUAGGAGUGCAAGCCUUCGCUUUUCUUUCGAUCAUGUAUCAGAAAGUGGGGUGGUUGUUCCUAUUGCAGAAAAUUCCCUUUCACAUUCGAAUGUGUUAAACUCUCAUGACCCUACAGUCUUGAACUCUGGCUCAGAACUUUUUUCUCCUCUUUCAACUGAUGGUAUAGUGCAAGCUGAAAGCAAAAUUCAAAAUGAUAAGAAAGAAGUGCCAAAGCUGCUGGAGUACAGUUCUUGUCUCACUCAUUUGGCUGUUUUUGGGAUUUUGGGGGUCUUAACGAGGUAUUUGCUACAAAAACUAUUUGGUCCUGGAACUGCUGGAGUAACAAGCGACGAAACUCUUCUUUAUCUCGACCUUCCUUCUAAUAUGGUUGGCUCUUUUCUAAUGGGGUGGUUUGGUGUUGUCUUCAAAGGCGACAUAUCUCGUGUGUCUGAUUUUAUUGCCAUUGGUUUAUCAACUGGUUACCUAGGAAGCCUUACAACUUUCAGUGGUUGGAACCAAAAAAUGCUUGAACUUAGUGUCGAAGGCCACUGGGUUUCAUCAGUGCUCGGUUUUCUAAUAGGUUUGUUUCUUGCUGCUUACUCUAUUAUAUUUGGAGUUGAGACAGCCAAGGGUUUUAGGCACCUUCUUGAAAAGAAAAUAACAAACCAAAAGAGCAGCAUUCACAGCUCUGAGAGUAUCUGGAGAGUAGACAGUCGCGAGCGUCACAUAGCUGUCAUGGUGGUAUUCUUUCUGAUUCUAUGUCUACUGUGGAGUGUGAGCGGUAUAAUGUUGAGAAAGGAGUUUAGAAACGGUGGCAGUGAGGCUCAGCUCUGGUUAGGCUGCAUAGUAGGGCCCACAGGUGUGUGGAUUAGGUGGUUCUUAGCUCGACUUAAUGGAUGUGGAUUAGGAAGGGCGGGUUUGUUUAAAUGGAUUCCGUUUGGUACUCUAAUUGCAAAUGUAGCUGCAUCAUGUAUCAUGGCUGCACUCUCUACUAUUAGAAAUGCGGUGAACACUAAGACUUGUGAUACUAUAACUGCAGGCAUACAACUUGGGUUUUUAGGUUGUUUGAGUACGGUUUCGACCUUCAUUGCCGAGUUUAAUGCAAUGAGAGAAAGUAAGCAUCCUUGGAGGGCAUACGUAUAUGCUAUGAUCACUAUAUGCUUCUCAUUUGGCUUGGGAACUCUUAUCUUCUCUAUACCAGUUUGGACUAAAGGAUACAACUAACAUGGGGUAAGAUUCUUUCUUUCUGUUCUGCUCAACUUGACAAAGUCCUUAAUCCAAAGGUCAUCUUCGAAAAAUAAGAUCGAAUUCGAUAGGAUAGGAUUGGAUGAUUUUUAUGUAUGAGAUUAGAAAAUCUAAUUGAUCCACCUAUUGCGCGGAAUUUAACUACACGGAGAAGUUUGGUUAGUUUUAUGUUAUUCAAUUUCUCAUCUUAAUGUGUAUUAGCAAAAGGAAAAAGAUUAAGCUUGUAUAGUUUUUUUCCCUUUCAUAAUUUACUGUUGGCAAAUGUUACUAAUUCAUAUAUAUAUUUUUUAUAUGUAUAGGAUUCUGAAAUAGUCUUGGGCAUGGAUCAGUCUGUAAAAAAAUAAUAUAUAAUGUGGCUGUGAGUCCAGUUCAAUAUACUAUUGUUUUUCAUAUUUGGCAUACGAUACAAAUUGCUAACGUCAGGUGGAAUUGUAUCUAUUGUAAUC